AUGUUAAGAAUUCUGAGAUCUUACCAGUUGUAUGCAAAAAUGUCUAAACGCAGGUUUGCUCAAUUGAGAAUGGGGUACCUGGGGCAUAUUAUAUCUCAUAAUGGAGUAGAAAUGGAUGUUGCUAAGGUGGAGUGUAUCAGAGCAUGGUCAGUACCUGACACAAUCAAGUCUCUAAGGGGGUUCUUGGGUCCCACUGGUUAUUACAGAAGAUUUGUACAAGGCUAUGAGUUAAUUUGUAAACCCUUGACUGAAUUAUUGAAGAAGGAUUCUUUUUGUUGGAACAAAACAGCAGCGACAACUUUUCAACAGCUAAAGAACAUCAUGAGUACUGCUCCUGUAUCGAGAAUGCCAGAUUUCACCAAACAUUUUAUUGUGGAGACCGAUGCUUGCAAUAGAGGCAUUGGUGUUGUUUUAAUACAAGAGAGCCAACUAGUAGCAUAUCUCAGCAAAGCUUUGAGUCCUAAGAACUUGGGGCUCUCUAUAUAUGAGCAGCUAUUAGCUACUGUAAUGGCAGUAACAAAAUAG